AUGACUGGGGGCCUCGGCUACACGGGCAGCCCCGGCUACGACGGGCUCAUGAAGAGGGUGCAGCGCGGGCGGGUCGCAGAUUUGGCCACGUUCUGCGAGGGGCUGGCCGAGCUGCCCCUGGUCGCCGAGCCUGGCAGGCGGUAUGAGUACAGCUUCAGCACGGACGUGCUCGGCCGCGUCUGCGAGGUCGUCAGCGGAGACCAGCGGGGCGCACAAGCUGGGGGCGUCGGCGUGUGCGUGUGUGGAUAUCUUGGCCCGCCAGAGGACCCCAGCGCUGAUCCGAAGGCUUCCGCCACAGUCGCCGACCGCUCGACUGAGUUCAAGGACAUAUUGGACGGGAAGGCCUACGACGUGCUCACUAUGGACGUGGGCUUCCUCAACGUCGGCGACGCGGAGUACGGCGUCUCGCCGCAGGACUCUCUGGGCAGCUUCGUGCACAGCCGAUGCUACCCAGUCGCCCUCGCCAUAGGCGCGUGGUGGAAGGACUACGCCCGGUUCUGCCAGAUGCUGCUCGACGGCGGCGUCGGGCCAGGCCGCCGCCGGGUCCUGAGCGAGGCCACGGUCAGGCUGCUUUGGAGGGACGCGCUUGCGCCAUACGCGCGGGCCGAUGGGCGGGUGCCUGGCUGGAACGAGCCAGGGCCCGGGCGAAGGUACUGGGACCACGUCGGGUGGUCUUUGCUUGGCGCCCACGUGACCUUCUCGGACGGGCCCCGCGAGGACUGGGCCGGCGCCCUCCCCGCAAGGGGUCGUGCAUGUUCAUGGGCGGCGGCGGCGGCGCCUAUUGGUGCAUCGACGCGCGCCGCAGGUUCGUCGCGCUGUCUUUCUCGCAGAGCUUCGGGGGCGGCAGGGAAGGGAAUGCGGACGGCCAGGACCGACGGCCACGGCCCGCGCGGCAACGACGCGGCCCCAUUCGCCAGGGCGGCGGCGGACGGGUCCAGCGUCCUGCUGCCGCACGAGUACGGCCGCUACGGGCGGCCGGGCAUCCGCGAGGAGGAGGUGGCCGUCCGGAUUCCGCUCCACGAUUGGGCCGCUUGA